CCCCCUCACAGGGGGUGGGCUCCGGGAGCGGGGCCGGGGGCUCGGGGGGGGGCUCCGGGGGGCUCCGGGCUCGGUUCUGAGGGGACGGCGCCGGCCCCAAGGGGCCUCCCGAGCGCCCAGCCGGGUGAAAGGGGCUGUGGGGCCGGGCACCAGCUCGCCUUCGUGUCCUGGGAGCCCUCAGCGAGGCGUUUGGUCGUGAUUUGGGCCAAAAACCACGAGUUUUGCUCCGUUUUUAGGAUGAUUUUACCGUUUAGGCUGAAUUCCUAAAUCUCUCAAGAGGCCUUGUCAGUGAAACAGGCGGGGGAGGGCCGUGAGGCUGUGCCCCCGAGGGUGCCUCAGGGCGCUGGCCGGGCCGUGUGGUGACCCCAUCACGGGCACGGCGGUGGUUUUAGUGCCAAACAGGUGGUUUUGGGGGCUCCCAUGGUGGUUUUUGUGUCAAAUCAGUGGUUAUUUGGGGCUCCGACCACUGUUGGAGCCUCCUCCAGCUGCAGGCCGUGUCCUGAGCCAGGAGGAGCAGCUCCGCUCUCCCUCCCAGGCCAAAUAUCAGGCGAGGAUCGGGGCCGUUGGACCUGUGAGCGUGCACUGAGCAGGGCUUUAUCUCAGGAUUUUAUCUCAGGGCUUUAUUUUUUGCAGGAUUUUACCAUUUCAGCGCGUAGGGCAGCAAGCUGCAGGCACCGAACCAGGGAAGUGACCCGGCCACGUUCUCACGCUGGCUUCGUGGCGGCGUGCUCAGCCCCAAGCUCUUUAAAUACACCUGGAGCAUCUCUUGAACCUGACAGCAAGUGAGAGAAGUGCUGAGAGGUGCCCAAACUGCUGCUUGGUGUUUCUGGGAUGCAGAGGAAUAGGUUUCCGCCGAGGAGCCCCGUAACCUCUCCGGGAACCCAUGGCCGAGCACAGUUCCCAGAGCGAGCGAAACGGGAUUCGUACCCGAGAGCAAAGAGCUGGGUGGAAACACGGAGCGUGCAGGGAAACGCGUCCUUAACGAAGGCUGCAUCUUUUUCUGCUGAGAUGUUUUUAACCCGCUUCUGCCUUUUGGUGUCUCUUUUUUUUUUUCUGUUCGUGCAGGUGCUCUUUUAAGCAGUACUUUUUGGGGCAGAGGCACGCCAGCUCUAACGCUGUGUUCUCUCCCAGAAUGGUGCUUGUGGGCUGCAGCUUUCUGUAGAUGUCGUUGCUUUCUGUUACAAGGUGUGCUGCAUCGUGACAGGAACAGGCUUUUUAAAGCUGUUUGCUUUGAGCCUUCUUGGCACAUUCAUGCUAGGUUUUUUCUCUGCUUUAAAAAAAAAUAUAUUUAAAGUGCUUGGACAAUUUUUGCCUCUCUGCUUUGAUAGGAUUUGCAGCUGUGAAUGCGCUUUAAUAGAAUUUACAGCUGGGCUGAAGUAUCCCCUCUCUUAAAAUAACAUUGCAGCUUCGUGAUUCAGGAGAAUGUGCCUCCCACUAGCUGCUUUGUCUGUAGCUGUGAAUGCUCUGGAGCAAGAGGAGAAUAUGAGCAAAACCAAAACUUUUGUAUGUGGCAAAAUAGGAAGCAUAACCCUGUGGUUCAGGACUGUAACUAUAAACGAGUGCACUUGGGUCUUGUUUUAUUUUUGCUUUGCCAGUGCCUUGCUUUCUGCUCUCGCGUGCAGCUUUUAACCUGCCAGUUGUUUUUUUUUCUGCCAUUAAAAUGGGAAUAGGAAAACCUCAGAGCGUUGUUAGAUCAUUAGGUGAUCGUUCCGGGGAUCUUUAUGUACUGUCAGGCACUGGAUUAGAAAGAUGGCAGGUGGGGAAUGGUGCAGGAUGUGGUGUCGUUGGAGCCCAGAGAGAGCUGCGGGUCUUCUGUUUCUCAAACUGAAAAGCAGUUGGUGGCUGGGGAACCAACGGAAGAAAUGUGUUAUCUUAAAAAGCUGCACAACAGAUACUGCCUGCCUUCGUGGCUCCGGGCCAGCAGUUUUCAGAGCUGGUCCCAGAAUGUCAAUCCAGAACGUACAGAAGAGAAAGCAGCGAGACUCUGCAAAGUGUUUUAGAUCUCGCAGGAGCAAGCUCUGGGCAGGAGCAGGCGAGAGCCGAGCGUGCCUGGCAGCGCCUGAGCGACCACGAGCCCGCUGGCACAGUGCUCGCACGGAUGUUACGCUCCGAGUCCACGUUUUAGUUCUGUCUCCAGUCCAAAAAAAGGUUUAAAUCCCAUUGAACACACUGGAACUGGAAUGUGUGCAUAGAUGCUUGGCUGAGCUGUGGCUGGAGCCGCUGGUGUUUCUGCUGAGGCAGGCGGUGAGGAGGCCAACGAGACUGCUUCAGUUCAGGUUUCCAAAACCAGAGGGAGAACUUCCUUGGCAUCAGGGAGCUACUGAAGGAGCUUUCAAGCUCGGGAUGGAGCUGGUGAACAGACAGGAUCCCUACCUCCGAGAGGUCGUGCGGACUGCAGUGUGCUGCAGAGCCCUGACACUUCUGCUGCAGGCCGUGUUCAACCUCCUGAUCCCGGACCACGCUGCGGAUGCCUUCUCCCCACCUCGACUGCCCGAGCCCGGCGCGUGGGACGUGCUGGCGGAGUGGCUGCUGGGAGGCCUGGCACGCUGGGACGCCGAGCACUUCCUCUUCAUCGCCGAGCGGGGCUACCUGUACGAGCACAACUGCGCCUUCUUCCCUCUCUACCCCCUCAGCCUGCGUGCCGUGGCCGAGGGGGCUCUGUGGCCCCUGCAGCCGCUGCUGCGCUUGCGGAGCCGCCUGCUGCUCUCAGCCGCCCUUCUCAGCGCGUUUUUCUCCGUGCUGGCGGCCGCUGCCCUGUACGAGCUGGGCUGCGAGGUGCUGCGGUGCCGCAGGGCAGCCUUCCUCGCCGCCCUCCUCUUCUGUAUCAGCCCCGCCAACGUCUUCAUGGCAGCUGCGUACUCGGAGAGCAUGUUUGCCUGCCUGGCGUUCGGCGCCAUGUGGCGGCUGGAGAAGGGGCAGAGCUGGCUCAGCGCGCUGCUCUUCGCCCUCGCUUCUGGCGUGCGCGCCAACGGGCUGGUCAACGCCGGCUUCCUCCUCUACUCCUGCACUAAACGCCUCGCUUUCCACUUCCAGGUGGGCUCAGGGCCGGGAAGGAAGCUCUUUCCUUUAUGGAGGCAGCUCCUCAGCGUGGCGUCUUCAGCGGUUGUGACGUGUGCUGGGAUUUGCCUGCCCUUUGUUGUAUUCCAGUAUUACGCCUACGUGAGGUUUUGUGGCCCCGGCCCGGAGCUGGAUGUCCCCAAGCCGCUGCGGCAGCUGGCUCUGGACAAAGGUUAUCGCCUGGCAGCCACGAGCGGGGUUAAACCCACGUGGUGCUCCCAGCGGUUCCCCGUGGUCUAUUCCUAUAUUCAAGAUGUUUACUGGAACGUGGGCUUUCUAAGGUACUUUGAGCUCAGACAGGUACCCAAUUUCUUGCUUGCUUUGCCUGUCACCUUGCUGGGCUGCUGGGCUGCCGGGACCUACGUCGUGGCAAACCCUCGGCACUGCCUGACUCUUGGUCUAGAGAGAAGAAAGGCUGAACAAGAGGGCAAACCAAGGGCUGGAUUUUGCUCCCCUGCUGUCUUUGUCUACGUGGUCCACGCCACGGCCCUGCUGCUCUUUGGAUUCUUCUGCAUGCACGUGCAGGUGCUGACCAGGUUCCUCGCCUCCUCCAGUCCCAUCCUCUACUGGUUCUCAGCCCACCUGCUGCAAGAACACGAGCUCUGGCUCUGGACUGAAGGCGCUGCCGGGCAAACCGUGGUGUCUCCCCCCAAGGGGUCAGCGCUGGGUGCGUCGCCCGGCUCCUGCGGGCCGGGGGCUGCAGCAAACCCCCUGCUCAGGCUGCUGCGGAGCUUCCCCCUCCUUACCCCCCGCAGCAAAUGCGUCCUGGGCUAUUUCCUGGCCUAUUGGCUGCUGGGGCUGGCUCUGCACUGCAACUUCUUGCCUUGGACGUAGGCAGUGACUGUGGCUCCGAGCCUGCGGAGGGGAUGGUCAGCACAGGAACUGAUUUUUCUAUAAAAAACAAAAAAAAUCCUA